AUUUUUUCCAAAAAAACAUGCUUUUGAAUAUCCAAUUUUAUUUAUUGGUGUCGAUUUGGAAUUGCUUGAGAAAAAUGGCCGAGGAGGAUUUAUACUAGGAUACAAUAACCGAAUGGCAAUUUUUAAUAUAAAUGAUAAUGACUAUCUUGGUCAUGUUAAUGAACAUGAUCUUACCAAAGACACAUCACAAAAAAAAAGAUCAAUAAAAGAAAAGCUAUUCUGGCAUAUCAAAAAACAUAAUAUACCAACAGAAAACCUAUGUCGAGUUGAGUUAGUUACAAUGCCAAGAUUUUGUGGUUAUGCAUUUAAUCCUGUUAGCUUUUAUUAUUGCUACGAUAUUAAUAAUUCUUUGAAAGUCAUUGUGUUGGAA